GGACAUUGGGGGCAAUGAGACAGUGACGCUGCGCCAGACGUUUGUGCCUGUGAGACCAGGCCCCCGCCAGCUCAUUGCCAGCUUGGACAGCCCCCAGCUCUCCCAGGUGCACGGUGUCAUCCAGGUGGAUGUGGCCCCAGCCUCUGGGGGCGGGGUUUUCUCAGAAGCUGGAGGUGACAGUCGCUCAGGGGAGUCCAUCCCUAUGGCAUCUCGAGGUGGAGCUUAGCCCUGGACCAGGAGCAAUGGGACUGAAGUCAGAUGAGCAAGGACACUGCCCCAAGAUGUGGGGCCCAACACAGAGCUGCUCCCCAGGAGCUCAGGAGAGAGCUGGGGCACCUAUGGAGGGAGCCAGUCUUUACCUGCAUGGGGUGGCACAGGGGGUAAUAAACUGUUUUUUAAUGAAA